AUGGCUCUUGUUCGCGAUCCGGCGUUUUGGCGGAGAUUUUCGGUGGCUGUCCGCUUGGACGAGGAGGUAAAAACCUCGCCAGAAGACAAGAAUACUAUCAUCUGGUCAAACAAUUGGAUUCGCACCCAGCAUCGAGAAAAACGGAAAAGCAUACUGUGGGGAUGUGCGCUUUUACUUGCUGCUCUGGUCCUCAUCACUGUCGUCGUCGUGAUUAUUUGGUGGUUUGACCGGCAUCAUUGGCUGCGGAAGAAACAUGACUAGACGUUGGAUCGAGGAGAAAGAAACAAUCCAUGGAUAUAAAUGUACACUAGAUCGCAUGAGCUGGUCUCAUUGUGACGGCGACGGCGACGGUGACGGUGAUGGUGUCUCUCGGCGUUUCCGGC